AUGUUUGCUUCUCGUAUUAUUCGUAUUCCUGCUCGUAGCCUUCGUGGGUUUGCCACGCAGGCCAGUCUCACGCCUACCUCUGCGCUCCCGGCGACGCUCCACCUCAAGAGCGGUCAGUCCUUCGCUGGCAAAUCAUUCGGCGCCCAGCGCAGCGUUUAUGGUGAGACUGUAUUCUCAACCUCUAUCACCUCUUACACCGAGUCGAUGACGGACCCUUCAUACCGUGGCCAAAUCCUCGUCUUCACAACUCCUCUCAUUGGCAACUACGGAGUACCCGACAACCAUGCGCCAACCGACAGCUGGGACGUCGGCGUCGUGCUCGAGAGCAAGCCCAUUCAAUGCACCGCUGUCGUCGUCGCUGACGUAGCGUGGCAAUUCUCUCACUACAAGGCCGUCGAGUCUAUCGCGGCCUGGUGUGCGCGCCACAACGUCCCCGGUAUCACGAACGUUGACACCCGCGCCAUUACCACUAUUCUGCGUGAGCAGGGUACGACGCUUGGCCGUCUUGCCGUCGGCGCCGACGCGUCCCUUCCUGCACCCGCCGCACACGAGUACUGGGACCCGAGUGCCGAGAACCUCGUCGACCAGAUCUCGACCAAGCAGCCGUACACUCUGAACCCGACGGGCGACGUCAAGAUCGCUGUUCUCGACUUCGGCGCCAAGGCCAACAUCCUCCGUGCUCUGGUCCGCCGCGGCGCAUCCGUGACGGUCCUGCCCUGGAACUACGACUUCAACUCUGUCCGCGAGCAGUAUGACGGCCUAUUCCUUACCAACGGACCUGGCGACCCUCAGCAGUGCUGGGACGCCGCACACAAGCUCCGCAAAACGCUCGCGGAGUGGGACAAGCCUGUCUUCGGUAUCUGCAUGGGCCACCAGAUCAUCGGCAUGGCUGCUGGGCUCGAGGCGUACCGUAUGACGUUCGGCAACCGCGGUCAUAAUCAGCCUGUUCUUGCGCUCGCGUCGUCGGGUAGCAUCAAGGCUGGCCGUGUCUACGUCACGAGCCAGAACCACCAGUACGCGUUGAAGCUGCAGGAGACAUUCCCUGAGGGCUGGGAGCCGUUCUUUAUCAACGCAAACGACUCGAGCGUGGAGGGUAUCAAGAGCACGGCGGAGAGUGGGAAGAAGGUCUGGGGUGUGCAGUUCCACCCUGAGAGCGCCGGUGGACCGCUUGACACGAUCGAGAUGUUCACCGACUUCCUCGCUGAAUGCCGUGCCGAGAAGCUCAAGUUGAACGUCCAGACGUCCGACCCGAUGGGCGCCGCCCAGGUCGACCCUUCGCUUCGUGUUGCCUCGCUGCCCACGCCUGUCGCGGCGGCCGCCUAG